ACUGCAAACUUAUGCAAACCAAUCAGUACAUUAGUAGUAGUACAGCCAUAAUUCCAAUCUAAGCUGCUGAAAUCUAACGGUCAAAUCUAAUAACAAAUUCCCACGUGGCAAAAUCAACGGUGUACAGUCAUUCUUCUCCAAUAUUCAUGUCAAAAUAAAACAAACCAGUUCUGUCAACUUUUUUUUGUCAUCUGCAGAAAAAAAUGGUUGCAGCAGCAGCAGCUACUGUCUCCUCUUCACUAACUUGCGGAUUAUUUCCAAGUCAUGGUGAAUUACGUUGUACAAGGAAGAGGCAGUGGGUAAAGAAGGCUGCCGGGUCUUGUGUAAUUACAGCAAAAUUUGAGCUUAAACCUCCUCCAUAUCCUCUGGAUGCUUUGGAGCCACUAAUGAGCAAGGAUACAUUUGAGUAUCAUUGGGGAAAACAUCACAGAGCUUAUGUGGAUAACUUGAACAAACAAAUUGCGGGAACAGAACUCGAUGGGCUGUCACUAGAAGAUGUUAUACUUGCUACUUACAACAAGGGCGAUACGCUUCCGGCUUUUAAUAAUGCUGCACAGGCCUGGAAUCAUGAGUUCUUCUGGGGAAGCAUGAAACCUGGCGGUGGUGGAAAGCCUUCAGGAGAGCUCUUGCAGUUGAUUGAACGAGACUUCGGUUCCUUUGAGAAAUUGGUGGAAGAGUUUAAGGCAGCUGCAGCUACACAGUUUGGUUCUGGAUGGGCUUGGCUUGCUUACAAAGCAAAUAGGCUUGAUGUGGAGAAUGCAGUAAAUCCACGUCCCUCGGAGGAAGAUAAAAAGCUUGUUGUGGUGAAAAGUCCAAAUGCUGUAAAUCCCCUUGUUUGGGAUUACCAUCCACUCCUCACUGUUGAUGUUUGGGAGCAUGCCUACUACCUCGACUUUCAGAACCGGAGGCCUGAUUACAUAUCAACUUUUAUGGAGAAGCUUGUAUCAUGGGAUGCAGUCAGUGAAAGACUUGAAGCUGCUAAAAAGAAAGUUGCAGAGAGAGAGGAAGAAGAUAGGAGGAAAAAAGAAGAAGAUGAGGACGACAUGCCAAGUAGUGAUGAUGUAGAGAUGAUCGUGGACAGUGAAAAUGAUGAAUCCGAGGCUGACUAAUCAGUACCAUUGUAGAUUACAAUAAUUCGGAAAACGUUGUGAGUUUUUUUUCUCUCAAAUGCAUCACUUUGUAUCUUGGAAUUGAAAGUACUAAAUAUAGAGAUCCGUGUUGUAAGAUUGUAAA